CCAAUUUAUACCACAUAGUUUUGCAAAUAGUAAUAAACCCCUCCCCCUUCCCUAGGUUUAAUUAGUUCGACCCUUUCGCAACGAUUCAAUUACUUCUUCGGUCAGGAUCGUAGUUGAGAAGAAGAAGAAAGAAAGAAAGAUGGGAGAUAAUAAAGUAAGUGGAACGACAAAGACACCUGCUGAUUUCCUCAAAUCCAUCCGUGGCAGACCCGUUGUUGUCAAGCUCAACUCUGGUGUUGAUUAUCGAGGCAUUCUUGCUUGUCUUGAUGGCUAUAUGAACAUAGCAAUGGAGCAGACAGAAGAGUAUGUUAACGGCCAGCUCAAGAACAAAUACGGCGAUGCCUUUAUCCGUGGAAACAAUGUUCUUUACAUCAGUACAGUCAACACACCUUUGGCCGACGGAGCUUAGACCCUUCCUCAUGCAUCAUCAUCAUCAGCAAUGGCUACCUUCUUUGUUCUCUUUCUAAAACAACUCUUGCACCUGACGAAUGCCAUGUAUCAAAGAUGUUUGUUUUUCAUAAAAUGAAGUUUUUUUUAUAAGCAUGUUAACACCAGACCUCAUUUAUUUUCCAAGUAGAAGAAGUUUGAUUAGUGAUCAAACAAGUUUGUCACAUUGUGAAGAGAAAAUCACUUUUUUUUUGUAAUCA